AACAAACAUAUAAUCAACCAUGUCAAUUAAGAAAGCUGGUGUUUUAGGUGCCACUGGUUCCGUCGGUCAAAGAUUCAUCUUGUUGUUGACUCAACAUCCAGAAUUUGAAAUCCAUGCCCUUGGUGCUUCUCCUCGUUCUGCUGGUAAACCAUAUAGUCAAGCCACCGCAUGGAGACAAACAGAAUUAUUACCUGAAUCCGUAGGAAACAUUGUCGUUCAAGAAUGUAAGCCAGAAGCAUUUGCCGAUUGUGACAUUGUCUUCUCUGGUUUAGAUGCCAAAUACGCUGGUGAUAUCGAACAGGCAUUUGUUGAAGCUGGCCUCGCAGUUGUUUCCAACGCUAAGAAUUAUAGAAGAGAACCUACUGUUCCACUCGUGGUUCCAAUUAUCAAUCCCGAACACAUUGAUGUUGUUGCUAACCGUGUGAAUGCCGCCAAGGCCAAGGGUGAAAAGAGACCUGGGUUUAUCAUCUGUAUCUCAAACUGUUCCACCGCUGGUUUAGUCGCACCAUUGAAACCUUUGGUUGAUGCCUUUGGUCCUAUUGAUGCUUUGACUGCUACUACUUUACAAGCUAUUUCUGGUGCUGGGUUCUCACCAGGUGUUUCCGGUAUGGAUAUCUUGGACAACAUUGUUCCAUUCAUUAGUGGAGAAGAAGAUAAAUUAGAAUGGGAAACCAAAAAGAUUUUAGGUGGUGUUAAUGCUGAAGGUACUGAAUUCACUCCAAUUCCAGAUUCUGACAUGAAGGUUAGUGCUCAAUGUAACAGAGUUCCAGUUAUUGACGGUCAUACUGAAUGUAUCUCUUUUAGAUUUGCCAAAAGACCACCACCAUCCGUAGAACAAGUCAAGAAGGCUUUAGCUGAAUAUGAAUGUGACGCUAAGAAAUUAGGAUGUCAUUCUGCUCCUAAGCAAACCAUCCACGUUUUAGAACAACAAGACAGACCACAACCCCGUUUGGACAGAGAUAGAGACAAUGGGUAUGGUGUUUCUGUAGGUAGAGUUAGAGAAGAUCCCGUCUUGGAUUUCAAGAUGGUUGUCUUGUCCCACAACACUAUCAUUGGUGCUGCUGGUGCUGGUAUUUUAAUUGGUGAAAUCCUUAAUGCUAAGGGUCUUAUCUAAGUCAAUAGAAAAAGAUAGUUAAUUAGGUAUAGAAAAUUUAAUAUAAUCAGAAGUAUUUUAG